ACGGGUUAGUUGAGUGCGGCUGGAAGCGCAUGUCACUUGAAUGUUUGCAGUUCAUUUACUUCCGUUGAGUGCAGGAUCUAGCACACAUGCAUGUCGUGCCAUUACACAGAGCUCAUGGGCACACAGCUCCGAUCAGGUGUCGCCAUGAUCAAUGGUGAGUGGACACGACAAUAGUGUCUAAAACAUCGAAGUAGGACAGGCUUCAAAUACAGCUAUCUGGCUAUCAUGCCGUGGUUAUGUUGAUUGCUUGCUGAUUGUUUGCCAUCAAUGCCGUGCAGCCACGAAAACUACACUUGAUUGCGGACUCCGAGGAAGAAGAGACGUAGAAAGGAACUGCGCUGAUCACGCCUCCAGUAGUUCAAGUAGACGUCAAGAGGAAAACAGAGGGGGCCCAAGCGAGAGACUCAUGUGCGUGUCGGUGUGUGAACGAGUCUGUGUUUCGACGCCAGCAGAACCAGAGGCCAGGAGCAGGGUGAUUUGGCAUUGCGUACGUGUGCGGCACUGGUAGAAGUAUGGCGGGAAGUCGUGAAUUACCCGCUGGACGGCGUGCAGUUUCGCUGGGCGUGCUGGUCGCAUUAGCGUUCAAUAGCGUGUUGGCGGACGAGCUAUCUCGCCAUCUGGCCGCAGAGCCAGAGGACGACGCGACGGUGGAAACGGUGGAUCCUCCACAGGCUGAGCCGGGCCAGCAGGAACAGCAGGAGGAGUGUGAGCCUGAACAAGUUCACCUAGCGCUGGCAAGGACGGAUCCGUACGUGGAACUUACUGUGCAGUGGGCCACCGGCUCGCGGUGCGUGAAGUCAGCUACCCUGUUCGGCACCGACCCAGCCGCUGGUCUCAACAUAACGGUGGAAGCACACACGUGGAGGCACGCGGAGGGCAAUGAGUUGGGUCGCCAGUGGUUACACAGGUCACGCAUCGUACCGGAAGUGGAGAAGCAGUGUUUCUACCAGGUGUGCAGCAGCCACACGUGCAGCAAGACUUUCUGGACCAACACCCAGAAGUUAUUAUCCGGGCAGGACGGGUCGCCCCUGAAAUUCCUGUUCUUCGGCGACCUGGGCCUUGCCAGCGGGAGGGCCACGAUAGCGCGACUGCACCAGGCAGCGCAGACGGGCGAGUACGUGGCCAUGUUUCACGUCGGGGACAUUGCCUACGAUCUGCACGACGAGGGUGGUCGGCGUGGCGACCGAUUCCUGCGAGAGAUGGAGGGCGCGGCGGCUUACCUGCCAUACAUGACUGCGCCUGGAAACCACGAGCUGUUCCACCAGUUCCACCCGUACAUGAACCGCUUCAGCAUGCCAGUACCCGCACCCGACGCCGUAGAGUUUGUCGGCGUGCCAGAAGGGGAAGUCCCCGCCGGGGAUGCGGCAAGCAGCUGGCCUAGACCGAUGACGCAGGUGGCGACGCAGUAUGAGCCUCUCUUCUACUCCAUGGACAUUGGACUGGUGCACGUGAUAGCGUACGACACGGAGAGUCUGUUCAUGCGUCCCUACCUGCGCAGUACCACACGCCAGUGGCUGCAGCGUGACCUGGCCGCGGCCAAUCGCCGGCGCAAGCAAGUCCCGUGGAUCGUGGCGUUCGGACACCGUCCCAUGUACUGCAGCAACCUGGCCGAUAACGGAUGCAACCAUAUGAAACCCAACGUUCGAGUGGAAUUCGAGAAAAUUUUCUUCGAUGGUGGCGUGGACCUCAUCCUGGAAGGUCACGAGCAUUCCUACGAGCGGUUCUACCCGACGUACAACCGCACGCUGUACCAGACGGAUUACAGGAAUCCGCGCGCUCCGGUUCACAUCAUCACGGGACAGACGGGCUGCUCGGAGACGUUCCUGCACCUGUGCACGAACCCGAUACUGCGCUCCGGCUACGACUGGUCGGCGUACCGCUCGUGGCUGCCGGGCCUGAACGGCUACGGGCGCUUGACCGUGAUGAAUCACACGCACUUGGUGUGGGAGCAGGUGCUGGACCAUUUCUUUCAGGUUACCCUCGACCAAAUCGUAAUAGAGCAAAAUCACCACGGCGCCUUCACUGACAAACUUAACGAGCAAUGAGCUCUAUAGUCGUCUUCUACUACUCUCCAUAAUUGAUUCCCCAAAAGUUCCGAGUUGAAAGCCUGCUGGUGGGUUUGUCUGGUUGUAUUUUCUGGCCGUGCAUUAUUCGGUUACAGUAGUGGACAGUUGCUUGUGAUUUGUAUCAAGAGUCCUUGAACAAGAGUAUUCGACUGUUAUCUCUUUUCCGUGAGCCAGAUGCGCGGCGUGCUGCCUUCGUCACUGUACAUCAUUCAGCUGCAGUACUGCGGAAAAUCAAACAUCACACUUCCCAUCUGGCUUGAAGUGAGCUUUCGCUCGGAACUGGAGUUCACGCGCCAAUUUAGAAACCGCAUGGUUACUGAGAGGUCAGAGCAAAAGCGGUUGAGCUGGUGUGAGAGCCGUAACUGUGGGUUUGAGUACAUGUGUCCAGGGCGUGAUGGAGGCAAGUUACGUAAUGAUUGCCGCGUGCCGCGCACAGACCAACAACUACAAUGCAUACUCUUGAUUGUGUACUCUUGUUGUAUCCAUGUAUCCAUGUGUCCCUUCUGCUCCCUUUUCUGCUUGUUUUCGAAUGCAGUUUAUACUUUAUAGACACGGUUCAACAGAGUAUUGGUGUUCUACAUCAUUCUGAUCUUCUACAUGUAGGAGUUUCUACUAUGAAUGGUAUUUAUUUAUGGGCAGCAUUUGGAAGUGUAUUCAGCGUCUUACCAAGCACUGGAGCUAGAUGGUAAUUAUUAAUACCCGGGACAUCCAGUGCCGGCGCGGCCAACCCCAACUCAGAUGGAUUGCCAAUAUUAAAAGUAUUUUAAUUUUUAACGUUUUAGAACACGGAGGCUCCACUGCAGCCAAUUCAACCACCUUUGUGUAGUGCUAGUGGUGGUGACUCAUCAUUAUUAUAUACCGGUAUAAAGUGCGCCAAUGUUGAUAUUUCUGACUGUUCUAAACAAGAGAAAAAAAUGGCUGACUCUUGUGGAAAAACGUGCUGCGCCUGCGCAGUUGUUCUUUAGUA